GUAAAUGAGAGGCAGGAAGGAUCUCAUUUCGUCCAUGUCAGGUGGAUUCUGAUGUAUUUGUCACUUUCGUCAGUCAGUGGGCCCAGGAAGCAGAAGUGAGAAGUUGCAUCCAGCUGAAGGAAGUCAGGGCAGAAGGCACUUUGGAGUGGUUCACUUCACAUCGAGAGAUAUCAUUAAAUCAGCAGCAUGGAUAUAGAUUAUGUCCAAUAUGAGGAUUAUACUCCAGGCAAUGAAACAGAUGACAGCUCCAGCACAGAUCAUGUGAAUUUCGGCCCUUCAGAGUCUCCAGUUUUGACUCACGUUCUAGUCGCUGUAAAUAUUAUCAUAUCUGCUAUUGGCCUUGUGGGAAACUCUCUAGUCAUCUGGAUCUGUGGAUGUAAAAUGAAAAGGACAGUCAUCACCACUUGGUACAUCAGUUUGGCCAUUUCAGACUUUCUGUUUUGUGCCUUUUUGCCCCUGGAAGUCUUCUACAUGAUCACCUCACACUGGCCUUUUGGGCUGCUAUUGUGCAGGCUCACCUCCUCUGUUCUGUUUCUCAACAUGUACAGCAGCGUGUUUCUGUUAGUCCUCAUCAGCAUGGAUCGCUGUAUAAUGAUCUCCUUCCCUGUGUGGUCUCACAACCAUCGCAGAGUGCAGAAGGCCUUUGGAGUGGUCCUCCUCAUGUGGCUUCUGUCUGCACUCCUGACACUGCCUUCGCUGAUUUUCAGGCAGACCACGAUACACGGUUCAGUCACUCAGUGCCACACCAACUACAUGGGCCACUCCAGACACAGGGCAGUGGUUCUGACCCGCUUCAUCUGUGGGUUCCUGAUCCCUUUCCUGAUGAUCGUGAUCUGUUGUUCAGUGCUUGCCUUUAAGAUGACCCGCUUGACCAUGAAGUCGACAAAGCCAUACAAAGUCAUGGCGGCGCUCAUCCUGUCCUUUUUCUUCUGUUGGGUCCCCUAUCAUAGCUUUGUUCUGUUAGAGCUGGACCUGCAGAACCAGAGCGUGGAGGUGAUUCAAACUGGCCUGAAGGUGGGGGCCACGCUGGCUGCAGCAAACAGCUUCCUGUCCCCAGUUCUCUAUGUGUUCAUUGGUAACGACUUCAAACAAACCCUAAAGCGCUCGUUGAUGUCAAGGAUAGAGGACGCCAUGGCUGAGGAUUUUCGCACAGGUGGUCUCAGUCACUCAAGAUGCAAGUCCAUGGAAGUAAUCCACAAUCAAAUCAAACCGUUGGCAUAAAGGACAGGGAGGAUUUCACGUGUGGAUAAUUUUUGUAGAGAUUUGGUUAAGGUCUCUAUUUUAGUAGACCCCAAUUACCCAGUCUAGUUAAACAGUAAUGGCUCAAGAGUAAGUUGAUAAUACCAAGUAAUAAGUUGGCUUUUUAACCAAGUAAUAAUGUAUUAAAAAUCAAUUAAUGCCUUGUAAUAUUGUGACAAUUCUCUGGUAAUUACCUCCACUAAGGAGGUUAUGUGAUCGGCAGGGUUUGUUUGUUUGUUUGUUAGCAAC